AUGCUUGUUACAAACAUCAUCUUCUGGGAUUUUGCCACCGCAACCGCCACUGCUCACCUCACAGUCAAGAACGUAGCCACCAAGUUCGGUGUCCCAGAGGCCGACAUCAAGGAGAUCCUCUCUACCUCUGAUAUAUCCACCAUCAACGUCGACAAAUGGGCAGACUUCCUUGUCAGCCCCAAAGACAUCAAGCCAUGGCCCCAGUCUGACAAAGUCGCUGCUCUCGUGGACGUCAAGAAAAACCUCAAGACUUACAUAGAAUCUGACGCCAAGGUUGAAAAGCGUCAGGAUAACCGCCAGAAGCUGCAGCAGGGAAUUGACGCUACUGCGGAAGCUAUUUCUGCUGGCACUCUUACUCCUGCGGCUGUUUUUUCUCUCGGUGCUUGUGUCUCGGCUGCCCACGCUACGUAUGUUGGUGGCUGGACCUUCUGCCUCGGCAUGAAAGAUUAG